AUGGUUGAGAAGAUCUACAUCACCUACAAUGACGUGCAUAAGCUCUGUCAAGAGAGCGCCGUCAAGAUCCUCGAAUCUUUCGAGCCUCAACUCAUGAUUGCUAUCGGCGGUGGAGGCUAUGUGCCAGCGCGAAUCCUCCGGUCCUUCCUGAAGCAGCCCGGCUCACCAAACAUCCCCAUUCAGGCUAUUGGUCUCUCAUUGUACGAGCAGCUGCCCGAGACGGACCCCAAGAGCGGUGCCACCACCCCCGGCGCCGUCGAGCAAAUAGGCCACAAGGUCACUCGCACGCAAUGGCUAGACCUGAGCGGUCUGGGAGGUAUGGAGCACCUGGUGGGUAAGCGCAUCCUGAUUGUGGACGAGGUCGAUGACACACGCACCACUCUUGAGUAUGCCGUCAAGGAGUUGGAAAAGGACGUUGAGGCAGCACGGCAAAAGCUGGGCGUACAGGGAGAGACCAAGUUCAGCAUAUUCGUUCUCCACAACAAGGACAAGAAGAAGAAGGGUACUCUUCCCAACGACAUGAUGGCCAAAGAUCGAUACCACGCAGCUCGUACCGUUGACGAUGUCUGGAUCUGCUAUCCAUGGGAGGCUAUAGACAUUGAGGAGCACGACGAACUCGCCAGGAAGCAAACGAACAGAACAGGCAGCGCGAACUAG